UAUAUAUUUGCAUAAAUUGUCCAAGAAGAAUCUAUAAAUAGGGCCACCAACAGCCUUGCAAUUCAUGCAGAAAAACAUUAGUUCCUAGAUCUAGUUUCUUGGUUGCAGAGUUGGAAGUAGCUGGAAAAUGGGAAGCCCGGGACAACCGGGGCUUUUGCCUCAUCUGGUUUUUGUUGUGUCAUUUUGCCUUAUAGCUACCAUUGUGUCAGCUACAUACCCACCUUACAAGUAUGCAUCUCCUCCACCACCAGAGCACCCAUAUCAUCCACCAGGCCACUACGAAUCACCAUCACCUCCCAAGCACCCAUAUCAGCCACCCGGCCAUUACAAGUCACCACCACCUCCAGAGCACCCACUACACCCACCAUCGUAUCAUUACAAGUCUCCACCACCCUCGGAACAUUAUCCUCCACCCCUAUACCAUUAUAAGUCACCACCUCCUCCAGUAAAAUACCCAGCUCCAUUACCUCACUAUAAAUCUCCACCUCCUCAUCCCAAGUCACCACCACCUCAUUACGUCUAUAAGUCUCCACCACCUCCAUCACACCCACCUCCUCAUUCAAAGUCACCACCACCUCAUUAUGUUUAUAAAUCUCCACCACCCCCAUCACACCCACUGCCGGUCCAUUCACCACCUCCUCAUUAUGUCUACAAGUCCCCACCACCAGCACAUCCCAAACCCUACAAAGCACCUCCUCCUCAUUACAUCUAUAAGUCCCCUCCACCACAUCCCAAACCCUACAAAGCACCUCCUCCUCAUUAUGUCUACAAGUCCCCUCCCCCACCACAUCCCAAACACUACAAAGCACCACCUCCACAUCCCAAACCUUACAAAGCAUCUCCUCCUCAUUACGUUUACAAGUCCCCACCACCACCAUCACAUCCCGAGCCCUACAAAUCUCCACCUCCUCAUUACAUUUAUAAGUUCCCACCACCAUCUCAUCCCGAGCCCUACAAAUCUCCACCACCAUCACAUCUCGAGACUCCUGCCCCUCCAUCUCAUGACCACUAUUCUCCUCCAUAUCUUUACAAAUCACCACCACCUCCAAAGGCCUACUAAGCUGAUGCUUUUAUUUUAAUUCAAUUUAACUUGGAGUUAUGACGACAAGUUCUCCGUAAUAUCAAUAGUUUGAGUAUGUUAGGCUUGCUAUCCUGUUUUGGAAUAAGAGGUUUAAAAUGGAGAGUCUUGCUCAUUUGUAUGCGUCAACUCUUGUAUCAUUUCUCAUAAGAAUGAGAACAAUAAUUUUCUUUUUGAGUAGAUGCCUAUUUUUGUUUCA